AUGACGAAAAAUAAGAGCCAGCAAGCGAAAUCACGGAUUCCAGCCACUGAAGCCGUGAUUCUAGGUGAAAUGGAGCGCAUUAUAACGGUUGUCUUCCAUGCUGAGUUAACGGAUGUGGCCAAGUGGCGUGAUGAAUUAAACCUAUUAGCAAGUGUGCGGCUGCACCAUGAAUCUGCCGAAGUGCAUCUUAACGAAUGCUUUACUAAAUGCAUUCGCGAAAAUGGUACGCACGUAUCCAAAGGGCUCAUGGAAAAGCGCAUUGUUCUGGAUUUUGAAGCUAUGCGUGAACUUUUUCGAAGUGACAUGAUACCUUUUGUUGAAUUACGUUCAGUAUACAUUUCUUCGUCCUCUUCAUCGGACCUAGACAAUACGCAAAAGAACGCUGCAAUUCAAAAGGAAGAGCGCGGUUUUACAAAUGCCCUUGAUUCUAGGAAGCACUUGGAUAUCGAGAAAAGGAUGGGUAGACCCUUAGCAAGUUUAGCAAAAGGAAAUCUCGAGAACAGUAUUCAGAAAGCUGCUUUAUUAGCGUCUGAGAGUGCUAAGGUUGAAAAGAUUUUUAGUAUUCCUUUUUUUCUUCAAGAUCUUAUGCGGGCUCGAUCGCAAACUUACCCUGUUGAAGUAUCCAAACUUGAGUUCUUGAAACGCUGCUGGAUAGAGGUGCACGUACGCGACGACUGUCUUAUUCCUGACGUUCUGUUGCACAGGUGUCGUCCCGUUUCCGUUAGGGUGACUGGUAUCCAACAAAUAGAUCAGCUCUUGCUGCAGGAAAAACAACCGAAGCGCUUUAGAGUUUCCGUGGGAUUCGCUGGCCACACCCUUGUGUCCCCGUACCAGAGCGCUACCUGCCCGUCGGAGUGCGGCGAUGUGCUGCGAGGGGUGCUGCUGCUGGGGGACCAGACGCCUCUGGAGGUUUACCAGGCCGCCAUGCUAUCAUCGGUGGAGGUGUCCCUCAGCCUCGCUAACGAGGCGCCCACAUCAGCUGCGGGGCGUGCGGGCUCCGCUACGGAGAUGGGGAUGGAGCACUUAGUUGAUGUGGGCGCGCUCAGCGUGCGAGCGCUCGCGACGGAUCGGCAGACCUUUUUUGACACCGAUGUCCAAUUGUUGCCCUCGCGCACCAGCUUUGCUUUUCACGCGGAAAACUGUCUGACGAAAGCAUGUGCUGUGAGGUUGAAGCUCAACUUUUUUAUCCCGUUGCCUACCUUGCAACAUGUAGAUGAGUACGGCGAGUCAGCAGCAGCGCAGUUCUUAUCACGCAGUAUGAUCAUGGUGCCCUAUGCUGCCCCAUGUAUCUCAGCUUUUUUGGAUACCAUGGUCCGGGAGUUGCUCAGCUCUAAGAGGGCCGGACAGCAGGGCAAUGUAACAUUACACCAGCUGCCGCCUUUGCUUACCGAGACGUCGGCCGAUGGGGACGACACAAAAAGUGAAGCCACGCGCGUUUCAAAAGCUUCUCUGCCAGGUGAUCAGAGAAAACGCAAGACACCAGGUGACAAGACGGAAGCAACCCUCGCCCAGGUGACGUCAUCGUUAAGUAAACCCACAAUCUUUGAGCAGCCCUUCAAGGUGGUGACGCCGCCAGGCAUUAGUGGCUUUGAGGUAGCUGAUGGGGAGUUUCACUUUGUGUGUUUAGAGGGCCCCGUGGGGGAGCUUCACCGAAUCACGCGUGCCCUUUAUGAGGUGUCGGGCGACAGUGGUGACGUUAGGUUCUGGAUGAACAGGGAACUCUUUGUCCCGAUGCGGUACUAUCACCACUACCCACCGCUUGUUACACCCCCAGGGGGGCAUGUCAGUGAACAUCCUGAUACCGAGGGUUACUCGCAGCUCACAACCCCAUCGACCGCGAAGGGGCCCACCUUUGCGGCUGCUGACACGGACGUGGAUGAGGCUGGCGGCGGAUGCGGAGGACGUAUUCAUCGCAUUCGGCUUAGUGAAUCUCUUCUAUCACUGGCAGCUAGGCCGUGUUACUUGCUACGCCACACUCUUUCGCGGGACUGUCUCGAAUGCAUACACAAGUUGCAUCAACUGAGGCAGUGCCACACCCUGCGCGAGGCGUUUGAAAGGAAUUUAUUCCCUAGCGCUGAGAGUCUGAUAGCCGUGGAGCGAACCUUCGGAUCAACGUUAUCACUGGUAGACAUUUUUGGUCGUGACGAAUACAAAAGUUCAGUUCAUCAUCACCCCCCAUCUGAACAGGGUAGUUUGUUGAAUAAGCGUGUCAGUGUUUGUUCUCCCAUUUCAGUAGUGAAUAUCAGUGAGCUUAAGGAGGAGAAUGUGGGUCGCUUGAUCUUUUUCCAAGGUAUAAGAGCUGAAACUAAAACUCAACCAAUACCACGGCAUCUAUUCGAACGCUUCCAUAAUCUGGUUUGGAUGCAAACUGAUGCAGGUGAGCAGGUGCUUUGUGCAUUUCAAAAGGAGAGCCCUUCUAGUACUAUUCGUUACCAUGUUGACGGACAGAUAGUGAGAUUCGGUAACACUCACUUCCUGUACGUCUUGGCACACCACUCUCUCGCCAAGAGUAUGACAAAUUCCAAAAAUCCAGCAUUUGAGACCAUACUGCGAGAGCGUAACAGACGUGAGAAGAAGAAACAACUUGACACCAUAAAAAAGCAUCACAAGACAUUUCAAGAAUGUUGCCCUCAUCAGUAUGAACCGGUGAAGAAGUGUAGCAGCGUCUUUUUCCCAGAUAGUAGUUCCAGGGCAAGCACAGAAGCUGCGGAUAUUUCUUCAGCGGCAAUAUUGUGUCCCCCUUGA